AUUCAUAAACAUGCAAAGAAAAAAGAUGAAAUCGGGCCAUACGUGUCAACAUAAAAUUUAAUAUAUUCAAAAACAUCGCUUUUGAUUGAAUACCUAUGUGAAAUCACUUAGUACAGCUUUUCUCUUGACAAUACAAAAAUCAUAUGUAAAUUAAUCGAUUCAUUACUGAUUCACGAAUGUCAUAAUGAUGUGUAUUAUAACAAAAUCUUAGUAGUUUAUUCAUUUCCACUUCCACCAUGCCCUUAAUUACCAGAUCAGGAACUUUGAAAUUUUUGUUACAUUGUUUCUUAAUUUCAUGAAUUAGACAGAUCCACGGCCAUGAUGCACGUGCUGUUUCUGGGGCCCUUGAUUUUCGGCCUUGUCGCGUCCCAGUCUUUUGAAGUCAUGGAAGGACUUUUGACGGAAAUUAACCAAUGUAAGCAAAUCCGGGAGAACCUUUCCGAGUUGAAAACAGAGUUCUCCGACAUGGAGAUCAGGGGUAUUCACAGGGACAUGCGCCUUAAGAUUCUGACGUCAGUGAACGUGAGAUUACGAGCCGAGCUCCGCCGGAUCAUUCAGACGAAUGACCUUUUGAAGGACAAACUCCGGGAGCUGGCGUUCAGACUGGGGGAAAUCAAGGAAGAGAAGUCGGAGAUUAAAGUACAGAAUGCUACGGGCGAGGUUGGGGAGGGCGGAAAACAGAUCAGCUGUUCAGUUACCAAUCAUAAGAAUUGGACUUAUUUCAACAUCGAACGGAACGGACAGACGGUGGUCCACGUGUCUCCUGAUGGGCGUGUCCAGACUCGUUUCAACCAGAAAUACCUCAGCAUCACACCCACAAUCCGUGAGAAUCUCGCGGAAAUUAACAUUUCAUUUGCCUCCCUCCGCUGUAGUGACGAGGGGCUGUACAGGUGCGUGAUUGACGGACGGGAACAACCACAGAACAUCGCAGUCGUUGUAAAAUCGCCCUCAACUGGCAAACCUGACCUGUCUAAGAUAGGUGACGUCAUUGGUUAUAAAACCACCGAGUUCAAUUGCGAGGGAAGUCCCAAGUAUCCACACGGGAACAUGGAAUUCCAAAUCAAACUUCAAAAUGAGACUUUAUUCCGAGUGUUUAAAUUUCCGGAUACAAAAGUUUUUGACAGAGACCGGAACUGUGUCCGGAAGCAGUCAAUCAGCGUCACACACGUGUUUACUGAUGCCUGGAAUCAAGCCAGGAUUCGUUGUAAAUUCAAACAUUCUCAGGACUAUGACGAGACCCAAGUGUUUGUCAUUUCACCUUCCCUCUGUGAGCAGAACAUGAUAAGCCGGGGAAUGCGUCAUCCUUAUAAAAAGACUCACUACGUCACGUGUGAUGGAGCCACACCCACCAUACACCAGUGUCCUGACGGCACGUGCUUUGACGAGGUCUUCCAGACUUGUGCUGACAAUUGCUUGUUCUGAUGAAAUUUUACAAUACUGUAUAUACAUUUGUAUAUAUUGGUUUAGGUUCUUAUGACAAUUGUAUUUGUAUGUAAAUUAUAAACAUUUAUCAUUUUGUCAAAAUGUAAGUAACCGUUGAUAAUAAUUGUAAACGCCUCUGUAUUUGUAUUUAUUUGACAAUCAUUAUAGUAAAUUGCAAGAAAUCAACAACGCACUUG